AUGGCUCCUGGACAUUCAGAAGUGGAUGUGUUGAUUGUGGGUGCUGGGCCUGCCGGGCUCAUGGCGGCGACAUGGAUGGCGAGAUGUGGGAUCAAGACGAGAAUCGUGGAUAAGAGAGGGUCCAAGAUCUAUAACGGACAAGCAGACGGAUUGCAAUGCCGAACGCUCGAGAUAUUCGAUUCUUUUGGAUUUGCGGACAGGGUUUGGAAGGAAAGCAACCACAUGCUAGAAAUCUGUCUCUGGAACCCAGAUUCAGAAGGGCGGAUUCGAAGAUCUGACAGGAUCCCGGACACCAUCCCGAACAUCAGUCGAUUCCAGCAAGUUGUUCUUCAUCAAGGCCGCAUCGAACGUUUCUUCCUCGAUUCCCUCAAGAAAUACAGCGACAUCGAAGUCGAGCGCGGCGUUCUCCCCGAAUCUCUCAAGUUUGACGAGUCAAAAGCCGAGGAUCCAGACGCAUAUCCGAUUGAAGUUGUGCUUCAGCAUCUCAGUGAUGAGCAAGCAAAUCCAGACCAGCAUGCUGCGACUAAUGGGACGGCGAAAUCAGAUGGCUUGUUUAGAAGUAAUAUGGCUGCGGAUGAUACAGAAGAGCUUUUGAAGAAGGCUGCGAACGGGAAAGCCGGGACGACAGAAACGGUUAAAGCCAAAUAUAUGAUUGGGUGUGAUGGAGCGCAUUCGUGGACGAGGAAUCAAUUGGGGUAUAAGUUGGAAGGGGAACAGACGGAUUACAUUUGGGGCGUUCUUGACAUCAUUCCUAUCACCGACUUUCCUGAUAUCCGGAUGAGAUGUGCAAUCCACUCUGCCAGCUCUGGUAGUGUCAUGGUGAUUCCAAGAGAGAACAAGCUUGUUCGGCUAUACAUCCAGAUGACCACGACGGAGAAGGGAGGAAACAAGCUCGAUCGGAAAUCCAUUACCCCUCAAUUAAUCCUCGAAACCGCCCAGCGCACCCUAGCACCGUACAAGCUCACCUACGAAUACUGCGAUUGGUGGACCGCGUACCAAAUCGGCCAACGAGUUGGCUCCAAUUUCUCCAAGAACGAGCGCAUUUUCCUCGCUGGCGAUGCAGUGCACACUCAUUCCCCGAAAGCUGGUCAAGGAAUGAAUGUUAGUAUGCAAGAUACUUUCAACCUAGGCUGGAAGAUCGCUGCCGUCGUGAACGGUACCGCAAACCGCUCGAUUCUGAAAACGUACCAAUCCGAACGUCGACGUAUUGCUCAGGAUCUUAUCGCUUUUGACCAUAAAUUCUCGCGCCUAUUUUCUGGAAGACCAGCGAAGGAUGUGAUGGAUGAAGCAGGGAUCAGCAUGGAUGAGUUCAAAGAUGCGUUCGUAAAAGGCAACAUGUUCGCCUCGGGCGUAGCAGUCGACUAUGGCGCCAGCUUGAUCGUGGCUAAAGAGGGAGAUGCGCAAGCACAAGGCGAUGGAUCGGACGUUGGUCUCGAGAACGGCAAGCGAGUCAUUGGUAAGCAGGAUCUCGCCAAGAAUAUCAAGAUCGGGAUGCGGAUGCCUAGUUUCAAGGUUUUGAACCAGGCUGAUGCACGGCCGUGGCAUUUCCAGGAGAUGUUGAAGAGUGAUGGGCGAUGGCGCCUUGUUGUCUUCGCUGGCGAUGUCUCGUCUGCAAAGCAGCUGGAACGGGUUGCCAAACUCGGGGAUAUUCUCUCAAGCCCGAAAUCAUUCAUCAAACGGUUCACGCCAGCGGACAAGAAGAUCGAUUCUGUGAUUGACAUCUUGACGAUUCAUAGUGCGAAGAGAGCAGAGACUGAACUGCAUAGUUUUCCGGAUAUCUUCCAUCCGUUUGAUAAGCAAGACGGGUGGAAUUAUUGGAAGAUAUUUGUGGAUGAUGUCAGUUAUCAUGAGGGGUAUGGGAAUGCGUAUGAGAAUUAUGGGGUGGAUAGAUCGAAUGGGUGUGUGGUGAUCUUGAGGCCGGAUCAGUAUGUUGCUUGGGUUGGAGCGUUGGAGGAUACGGAGGCGAUGGAUCAGUAUUUCUCGUGCUUUAUGGUUGCGAAGUCGUGA